AUGCUUCAGCCCAAGCCGAUUUCAAUAGAGACGACCGCAAACAUCCUCAAACCUUUCGACUCAUCUCGCUACUUGGAUCGUUCCAAAGCCGCUCUGGGGCACGACCUCAACUACGAAUGGAUGAAAGAAGACCCAAGCUUCACCCAGUGGCUUUCACCUAAUCAGGGUCAGCUAAGACUCCAGAUCUUCGAAGCUGAAGGGCCCAAAAUCAACAGGACGUCGGCAGCUUUGUUCGUUGUCGGUCAACUUCUUGAUCACCAGUCACCAAGAGGUCACGUCAAGCCGCAGGUUCUCUACUUCUUCUGCCACCGUUCUGACUCCAAACGCAGCACUGCCAGUGCAGUGUUGAAGGGCUGGAUGUAUCAGCUUAUCCAACAGCGGCCUGACAUGAUGAAUGAUUUCCACAAAUAUCUCUUCGAGGAUAGCUUUUGCAUGCCUGCUAAUCUCAGCCAGGCAAGACUUAUGUGGGCCUACCUACGACGCGCUACAAAGCAAGAUGAUGCAGGCUUGACAUACUGUGUACUAGAUGGCUUAGACGAAUGCGACAAAGAGAGCAGAACUCUCCUUCUUGAGCUGCUAGAUCGCCCACUUCCAUACGAAGGCUGUCCGCAGACGAAACCCAGUUUCAAGGUCCUUAUCACCGCUCGCGCUUCCCUUGGUGACGAAAGAUAUGCUACCGUCGACCUGAACCGUACCAAAGCCGCUUCAGCAGUGCCUAUAAACCAUUCGGAUCCGCUACCAGAUCAACUUCGUAAUUUCAGUGUCGAAGACGAAGAUAAGUUUGAUGAACUAAAGCAGAUUCUCGCUGCGCAUGUCUAUCCGCCAACUGUCGAACAGUUUGUCGCCAUUUUCCCCGAGGGUGAACAAUCUGCCAUCCUGGCACUUCUCAAGUCUUUCCCGAUCCCGGAACUAGUUGAUACUGACUGUCUCGAAUUUAUACAUUCAGAAGUAUGGCCAGCGAACUCCCUGUCCAACGAUAACGCGACUGUCCAUGGAAAGCUUGCUCGGCAUUAUCUAAACAUGAUCAGCGCUGAUCUGCCUAGCAUCAGCAUAGAAAACCUAGAAGGCGAUGACCAGUCUGUCUGGACGUCGCAGAUCUCCGCGAGGCUAAAAUAUGCUGUGAGCCACUGGGCUGACCAUGUCAAGCUCUCUUUGGACACCUCGGCAGACCUCAUGAACCUGAUUUUGGGGACCUUCAACCCUAAUUCCGACACCAUAGAGAAGUGGUGGAUCAUGUUCAUGACCUGGAAUUACGACAUUUCACAGUAUUUCGACCUUGAGAAACACAACACCACACCGCUCCAUCUCUUCGCGAUGUUCGGUCUCUCAGAGCUUUUGCGCGCAGCUGGCCCGCCAUCUCUGAUUGCAGACUACAUUAUGACUGAAGACGCCCAAGGACUGGAGCCACUCGAUGUUGCCAUUCUGCACAAUCACAUCGACAUAGCCAAGAUACUUGUUGCCAGCCGGAAGCCGACCACGGACUUUCAUUGUACGUUCGCGACAACGUCCAAUGCAGAGCUAGAAAAGUUAAUCUUCGAAUUUCACGAUGAACGGGUCAAGACACUAGAGAAGAGAGAUGCUGAAAUGAUGUUACGGCACGCAUCCUACACAGGACACCAAGAACUGCUCACGCAAACAAUCAAUUUCUUGAAUCGAAAGUCACCGGUCGGCUUCUUCCCGCGCGAUGAUACGACAGAGUUAGAAUUCAUCAUUGACUCUGGUGAUCACCGCUUGCUGAAACCAAUGUUGACUAUCACCAACAUACUGGCAAAAGCACAACACAUCAUCGAAUGCACAGUCUCUCAACAAGAGCCACGCAUGCUCGAGGAAGUUCUGAAUAAUAGGGUCAUACAACACAUGAUCAAGAGUAGGCAAAUCUGUCUUCGCCCGGCCUUGAACAGUGUGCUCAUGAACAAGAUCCCCUCGAUGUCAGCAUUGCUUCUGAAUGAGCAGAUAAUGAACACACGGGAUGACACCGGAUACUUACCGUUACAAGUUGCUGUCCAGUACCCGAGCAUUCACACCCUCAAGCUCUUUGCAGCGCUCCAAAAUUUCGAUUUCAAUCACGGCACGAUCGAGGAAGGCGUUGCGCUUAAUCUCAUGCUGCACAAAGCCGGCAAGAAGGUCGAGUUGGUCUACCUGAACGACAUGCUAGCACGAGGUGCGCGCAUGCGCUACGAACACUUCGGUUUGACCGCUCUCCAUGUCGCUGCCGAGCUCGGCGAAACAGCGACUAUGGAGACCCUUCUGGACAACUUGAACGACGACGAGAUCAAGAAUGAUAUCAACCGUGUGGUUAGCGCAUGCCAUAAGAGCAAAGGUCGUCAAGGUAAGACUGCGCUGGCUAUCGCUUCUCUGCUGGGUCACGAUGAGAUCGUCCGCUUGCUUCUGAACAAGGGAGCGAAUAUCGCCGUGGUAGAUGCCGACGGGAAGACUGCUGAAGACCUGGCGAGAGAGGCCGGGAAAGAGGAUGUUGUGGGGGUAUUUGAGGAAUUCGAGGAGGACUUGAUGGGUGGUGGGAGUCAAGGUAAGGGUGACGCGAAGAGUGGGGCUGAGGGCGAGGGCAAGGAGAAGAAGAAGAAGAAGGGAAAGGGCAGGGAAAAAGUAGUGGAGUAG